CGUCAGCCCAGCCGCGCAAGCUCCAUCCGUUCAAACGACACGACGAACAGCAAACGAAUCUUCAACCUGCAACAUCGCCAUGGCAAGGACAUCCCCUAUCCCCUAACCGCGAACACGCUCGUACUCUGCACCAUUCACCCAUAUAAUGCUCCCGCCAUCUUACCACCGCAAACGAGCAGCAGCAGCAGCCGCGCCGAGCAAUCCGCCCGUGACCGGAGACGUCUCAUCGCGACAGCGCCAACCACAACAAAGACGAAGACCGCAAUGACUCUCCCGGCUAACAACCCCGGCCUCCUAGACGAGGACGCCGACGGCGCCGCCUGCGGCCCGUCCUCCUCUUGUUCCCCCACGGCCGCCGGCACCCUCCUCAGCACCACCCUCGCCCUCGCCCCGCUCCUGGUCACCUUCCUGCUGGUCUCCUCCCUCGCGCUCUCCCGUCUCUUCCCGCGCCUGGCCCGCCUCCAGCAGCAGCACAAUCCCGCCCAAUCAUCCUUCUCUUCUUCUUCUCCCGCCGCCGACAUCCCCAUCGACGACGGAAACGACCACUUCCUGCCGGCGUCGGCGCCGCCGUCGCUGCGCCAGGCCCACGCCGAGCUGGCCGCCCGCUCGCCCCGCCGCCGCCUCGCCGCCGCCGCCUUCGCCGCCACGCUCGGCCUCAGCGCCGUCCUCGCCGAGCUCAUCCUCGCCGAGGUCUGGGAGGUCGAGGGCGUCGUGCUGGGCCGCGCCGCCAGGGCCGUCGGGCUCAGGGUCACCGUCCCCGGCCUCGUCGUCAUGCUGGUUGCUGUGCUGCCGUUCUUGGAGGUCCACAGUGUGCUUGCCUCGCGGGGGUGGCGGUUUGGGAGGGAUGCGAAGGGGCGGCUGGUCUCGAGGGCGGCGUGGGUGGUGCUCGGGGUUGUGUUUGCCGGGUGGUUGGCGGCGUUUUGGUUGGUCGGUCGGGUGGUGGUGGGAAUGGGGCCGGAUGGGGGGCCAGCAGGGAGCGGGGAUGAGGAGAUGUGGCGGUUGGCAGGGCUGGCGAGUGUGAAAGGGGGCCGGGGCGGGUUUGAUAGUACGGCGAUGUCGAUUGGAAAGACGGAGGCGGUGAGCUUUGGCCGGAGGGGGUUUGGGCCGGUUGGCGGGGACGGUGGGCUGUCGAGGGCGUGCCUGGAGAGGAUAGGGGUGAUUGGGAUCUCGCUGAUGGCGCUGCUGUCUGGAUUCGCUAGCGUGUCGAGCCCAUGGCAUACCUUCGUCGACGACCGGAUCUAUCGAAAGCGGCCGAUUACAGACGCAGAUAUCGCGAGGAAGCAGGCUGGGCUGGACGCCACGAGCGAGCUGCUGCUGACGAAGCGGCACCGGCUGAGGUCUCUGCAGAGAAAGGCGCAGGCGGUAGCAGCGGGAGUCGGAGGUGGCACGCCCCACGGAGCAGCGCCGCCGGCAAGCGGGCUGGUCAGCAAGGUUAUCGGCUCGUUGAAGAGCAUGGCCGGCAGCGGCGAGGCCGCCGAGAUCAAGGCGCUUCAGGUCGAAAUCUCGGGCCUCGAGACGAUGGAGUCCAACCUGGCAGCCUCGCUGUCGCUGCUGAAGUCCCGCCAAGCCGCCCACGCGCGCGACGGCACCGCGCUCGGCCGCCUCCUCGCCGUGCCGCGCUACAUCUUCGCGAGCUACUGCAUUUACCGCGUCCUCGCCACCAUCCUGACAACCGUUCACCGCAUAUACCGCCCCUCGGCCUCGUUCUCCUCGUCCGACCCGAUCAACCGCUUCCUCGGCCUGCUCGCCAAGCACUGGGACCCCAAGCUGGACCAGAUCGCCUGGGCGCGGCAGAUCUCGUUCCUGCUGUCGGGCGUCAUCCUGGCGGCCAGCGCGAACUCGGUCCUGCAGACCUUCCGCCUGUUCGCCAAGUGGGCGCCGGGCCUGCUCUACCAGGCGCAGGCGAACCUGGCGCUGCUGGUGGGCCAGGUCGCGGCGACGUACGUCAUCAGCUCGGCGCUGCUGCUGAGGAGCAACCUGCCCCGGGACGUCGGCCGGUCGGUCGGCGACGCGCUAGAGAGCGCGCUCGAGCCCGUGUUCGUCGACCGCUGGUUCGAGGGCUGGUUCCUCCUUGCCAGCGUCGGCACGGCGGCUGGGAUAUGGGUCGGCCGGAAGGUGGCUGGUGGCGGCGGCGGGCUUGGGGAUGAGUGGGAUGAGUUUGCGGGGGAAGAGAUGGGGCAGAAGAGGUCGUGAUGUCUCCUUGUUCCUGCUUGCAGAGCACGAGUGGGUGGGUGUAUAUAUCUUUUGUAAUGGCUAUGAAGGUUUACCUCAUGUUCAGCAUGGGGCCUUGAGUUGGUGAAGAACUGGAUUAGUUCCUGACCAAAGCCCGGUCAAGAAUGGUAAGUCCAGCCGAUGACUACCAAGGUUACGAUCGCGAGAGAUCUCUGGAUCAACAUCUCCAUUUCAUCCGCACCAUGUCCUGCUGUUAUGGUUUUGCUGGGCUGCUCUCCUUUGUCUUCUCGCCAUGGUUUCUCUUCAUCAACGACAACUGUGCCGUAAGUUUUAG